GCUGAGUAAGGGGUGGGCUGUGGAGCUGAGCCACCGCGCAGGGGUGGUGGGCCGUGAGGUCCGAUCCGAGGGGCCCAGAGGUGCUGCCGCCGCGCCGAAAUGGGCUAGGAGCAAAACUAUGUAGCUUUUUAAGAAACUCACUUUCAUCCACCUGAAGUCCAUAUGGCUCUAUAUGAUGAAGACCUCCAGAAAAAUCCUUUCUAUCUGGCUCUUCAGAAGUGGCGCCCCGACUUGUGCAGCAAAGUGGCCCAGAGCCAUGGCAUCGUCUUAGUACCCUGCAAAGGCAGCCUGUCAAGCAGUGUUCAGUCUACUUGUCAAUUUGAGUCCUACAUUUUGGUACCCGUGGGAGAGCGCUUCCAGACCCUAAACGGAAAGGACGUCUUCAUACAAGGAAACAGGAUUAAAUUAGGAGCUGGUUUUGCCUGCCUUCUCUCAGUGCCCAUUCUCUUUGAAGAAACUUUCUACAAUGAGAAAGAAGAGAGUUUCAGCCUCCUGUGCAUAGCCCAUCCUUUGGAAAAGAGAGAGAGUACAGAAGAGCCUUCAGCACCUUCAGAUCCCUUUUCCCUGAAAACCAUUGAAGAUGUGAGGGAGUUUUUGGGAAGACACUCUGAGAGAUUUGACCGGAACAUCGCCUCAUUCCACCGAACAUUCCGCGAAUGUGAAAGAAAGAGCCUCCGUCACCACAUAGACUCAGUGAAUGCCCUCUACACCAAAUGCCUCCAGCACCUUCUGAGGGACUCUCACCUGAAAGUGCUUGCCAAGCAGGAGGCCCAGAUGAGCCUGAUGAAGCAGGCGGUAGAGAUGUACGUCCAUCAUGAUAUUUACGACUUGAUCUUUAAGUAUGUGGGGACCAUGGAGGCAAGCGAGGAUGCUGCCUUUAACAAAAUCACAAGGAGCCUUCAAGAUCUUCAGCAGAAAGAUAUCGGUGUGAAACCUGAGUUCAGCUUCAAUAUACCUCGUGCAAAGAGAGAACUGGCUCAGCUGAACAAAUGCACCUCCCCACAGCAGAAGCUGAUCUGUUUGCGAAAGGUGGUGCAGCUAAUUACACAGUCUCCUAGCCGGAGAGUUAACUUGGAGACCAUGUGUGCCGACGAUCUGCUCUCCGUCCUGUUAUAUUUGCUUGUGAAAACGGACAUCCCUAAUUGGAUGGCAAAUUUGAGUUACAUCAAAAACUUCAGAUUUAGCAGCUCAGCAAAAGAUGAAUUGGGAUACUGCCUGACCUCAGUUGAAGCUGCGAUCGAAUAUAUUCGUCAAGGAAGCCUCUCUGUUAAACCGCCCGAGUCGGAGGGAUUCGGUGACAGGCUGUACCUUAAGCAGAGAAUGAGUGUACUGUCUCAGAUGACUUCAACUCCCAUCGACUGCCUGUUUAAGCACAUUGCAUCAGGUAACCAGAAAGAAGUGGAAAAACUCCUGAGCCAAGAAGACCAUGAUAAAGACGCCGUCCAAAAGAUGUGUCACCCUCUGUGCUUCUGUGACGACUGUGAGAAACUCGUCUCUGGGAGGCUGAACGAUCCCUCAGUUGUCACUCCCUUCUCCAGAGAUGACAGGGGACAUACACCUCUGCAUGUGGCUGCUCUCUGUGCUGCUGCUGCUGCACUACAAGGCCAGCGCCGAGGUCCAGGACAACAACGGCAACACCCCCCUCCACCUGGCCUGCACCUAUGGGCACGAAGACUGUGUGAAGGCUUUGGUCUAUUACGAUGUGCAAUCAUGCAGGCUAGAUAUCGGCAACGAGAAAGGAGACACUCCCCUCCACAUAGCUGCACGCUGGGGUUACCAGAGCAUUAUAGAGACGUUGCUGCAAAAUGGAGCAUCCACAGAGACCCAGAACCGACUGAAAGAAACGCCACUCCAGUGUGCAUUAAAUUCAAAGAUCCUGUCUGUAAUGGAAGCCCAUCAUCUGUCCUUUGAAAGGAGGCAGAAGUCUUCUUCAGAGGUCCCCACGCAGUCCCCGCAGCGUUCUGUGGACUCCCUGAGCCAGGGUUCCUCCACCUCCAGCUUCUCCUCCGUGUCGGCAAGCUCUAGACCAGAGGAGACCAAGAAGGACUACAGAGAGGUAGAAAAACUUUUAAGAGCAGUUGCUGAUGGAGAUGUGGAAAUGGUGCGCUACCUUCUGGAGUGGACGGAGGAAGACCUGGAUGACGUGGAGGAGACUGUCAGCACGGCGGAGCUUGGAUUCUGCCACCCCCUGUGCCAGUGCCCCAAGUGCGCUCCAGCCCAGAAGAAGCUGGCAAAGGUUCCUGCCAACGGGCUCAGUGUGAAUGUGACCAACCAGGAUGGCCUCUCCCCACUGCACGUUGCUGCCCUGCAUGGCCGGGCGGACCUCGUCCCUCUCCUGUUGAAGCACGGUGCCCGAGUGGGUGCCAGAGAUGCAAACCGAGCUGUCCCCCUCCACCUGGCCUGCCAGAAGGGCCACUUUCAGGUGGUGAAGUAUUUAUUAGAUUCUAAUGCAAAACCCAAUAAAAAGGAUAUAAGUGGAAACACACCCCUCAUUUACGCCGGAUCCGGUGGCCAUCAUGAAGUUGCGGCACUGUUGCUACAGCACGGGGCCUCCAUUAAUGCUUCUAACAACAAGGGCAACACGGCGCUGCACGAGGCCGUGAUAGAAAAGCACGUCUUCGUGGUGGAGCUGCUGCUGCUGCACGGGGCUUCGGUCCACGUCUUAAACAAGAGGCAGUGCACAGCCAUAGAUUGUGCCGAGCAGAAUUCAAAAAUAAUGGAAUUACUUCAGGUAGUACCCAGCUGCGUGGCCUCGUUAGAGGAUGUUGCUGAAGCAGACCACAAGGACUACGUUACUGUGAAGAUCAGGAAAAAAUGGAACUCAAAAAUGUUUGAUCUCCCAGAUGAGCCUUUUACAAGACAGUUUUACUUUGUUCACUCUGUUGGUCAGUUUAAGGGAAAGACUUCACGGGAGAUUAUAGCAAGAGAUAGAAGUGUACCUAAUCUGACUGAAAGUUCUUUGGAUGAGACAGGAAAGCCAAGAGUUGCCCUGGCACAGAACCAGCCGGACCAGAGCAGAUCUCAGAUUGCUGGCACAGGAAACAAGGACCGGCCUGAGAGGCCUGGGCUGAAACAAACUGCUCCUGGGAACAGGCAGAUGCUCCGCAGACACACAGUCAAUGAUGCUGUCGCAUCCAAGCGCCCAGAGACUGCAGCCAACCUACCCACACCCCAGGAGGCUAGUAUUUCCCAGUCUUAACAGGAAUAAGGAAUUGUUGAAUCGAGUGCCAGGAAGUGAAUACGAAAGAUGCUGAGCAUGAAUACAGCUUAGAACUAAAUGUACUUUCACAUAACUGGCUUGAGAGACCAAGUCUUCAGAAGAAAAUUCUGGAAGCUUUUCUGUGGCCGGGG